CCUGCGAGAUCGAGGAGGCCUGGGAGUGAGGACGCAGCAGAGACAAUAGCAAUAGACUCUAACAAUCAACCGAAGUCUCCACUGGAAAAAUUUAUGGUCAGACUGUGUACACAUCACCAGAAGCAGUUCAUUCGUGUGCUAAACGACAUAUACACUGAAGUACAGCCAGACUCUGACGGCCAGCAGUUAUCUGAAUCUGAGAGCAUGGAGGCCUCUACUUGUGGCUCUGGUUGUAGCCAGCGAAGCACUGAAAAUCAGGAUAAGGGUGCUACUUGUACUGAAUCAAAGCUCCCUUCUACAUUGGACCCAGGAGAGUCAGGGGCUGAUGGCCCCCUGCAAGUUACGGGACAAGCCCUGAAGCAGCCAGUGGAACUGAAGUCUCUGGACGGAGCAGAGAACUCCAGUCCUACUUUGAGAAGGGACUUCUGUGAGCUCCCCAUCACCAGGCUUCGCUCUGCUAGUCCAAAGGAUAGCCCCACCCAAGGAUACCUCAGCACGUUGAACUCUUCCUCUUUGAAUUUCCAUCAUGCCGCAAAGAGCCUGGAAGGGCAGCAAGCUGCUGGACAUGAACAAGAAGCCGGUAUCAGGAAGUGUGAGGAUAAUAAAGAGCAGCUAGCAGGUAAGACUCUCAUGGAAGGUUAUAUCUCAGUCAAAGUGGCAAAUGUGAAUGGCAGCGAGGACAGCUUAGACAGCUGUCUGGGGUCCCAAAAGGGCUCUUUCAGGGCUCUCCCAGAGGAGUCCUGGGAUCCUGGCUUUGCAGUGACCCCCCCUCGCCGAGCCGACAAAGAGAACACUUUGCAAUGCAGCUCUAAAGCAUCUUUGCACCAGGACUUAGACGCAAAAGAACAAGAUGUGAGACCAAAGCAAGAAAACCACCUGCAUGCCAUGGCCAAGGGCAAGGCAGGCUGCCAGCUGCACGCAGCUGACAAGGGCGUGCUGGACAAAUCCAGAGAGGGCUGGCUGCCCACUGGCGCCGUGCCAGCCGCCCACCGGACCCCCGGCGGGCACCCCCGCACCAAGGCAGCCUCCCUCCGAUCCUCUCGGAAGAGCAAGAAGGCGUCGGGGCUGAGGAUCAACGACUAUGACAACCAGUGCGACGUGGUGUACAUCAGCCAGCCCAUCACCGAGUGCCACUUGGAGCCGCAGCGGCUGGUGCCGCCGCGCAGGACGGCGAGGAAGAGCACCCGGGGGUACUACUUCAACGGGGAGUGCUGCGAGCUGCCCACCGUCCGCACGCUGGUCAGGAGCUCCCGCCCGGAGGAGAGGGCGAGCAGCCCGGCUCUGCGGACAGACACCCUCGUGAGUGCGAAGCCGCCCCUGGUGCUCUCGGUGGAGGGAUCUGCAGGGGCAGGACGGGAGGGUGAGAAGAGGGUUUCCCUGAGGCUCCUGGCUAAAGUGGCACCAGCCAGCCGAGAAAUGAAAGAGAGAGCUGAGCCGGGCUCCAUGCAGCUCCGGGAUACCCGAGCACUGCGAUCAAGAGAAGAUGCCGUGGCCAUGCCGUUCUUCUCCCUCUCUGCUCCACCCAGCCCCCAGAAAGAGGACAGCUCGGCCAGCUCACCGCCACCUGGCUCCCCUCCUGCUGAAGGGGAGGGGAUGACAGUAGGAGGCACUGUCACCUGGGAGGCUGGCAGUAGUCUGGGCUCCUCUGGGAAUGGCAGCAGCAGCAGGCAGACUGCUGAUAUUUCUACCUUUUCAGUCUCAAAAGCACAUGGUGAGGAGGACGGUUGUUCAGGCUCUGACGUACAAACUAUUCCAGACCUCCCUGCCAGCCCAGAGCCAAAGUCCUCCUCACAGCCCUCUACCGCUACAGACACAACACCUCUGCCCUGUGAUAGUGCCAGUGAUCCUGCCCAGCUUCCAGACUCAGGGCAUGCCGAGCUCUGUGGGCAGUGUCUGGCAGAGCCUUCCCCACGCUCUCCAGGCUCGCAGACUCCUGAUGAGCCCCCCGCCACCAUGGAUGGGGAGAGCCCCCUGGAGCCCCCUGCCACCAUGGAUGGGGAGAGCCCCCUGGAGCCCCCUGCCACCAUGGAUGGGGAGAGCCCCCUGGAGCCCCCUGCCACUGUGGAUGGGGAGAGCCCCCUGGAGCCCCCUGACACCAUGGAUGGGGAGAGCCACCUGGAGCCCCCCGCCACCAUGGACGGGGAGAGCCCCCUGGAGCCCCCUGCCACCAUGGAUGGGGAGAGCCCCCUGGAGCCCCCUGCCACUUUGCAGUGCGAGGAUGUGAACAAAAGCGUCGGUGCAAAGCCAGAAGCCAAAUCAUCAGUCGUGGUGGGUGACAGCCCUCUUGAGCAAGAGGAUGCUGUGCUCGUCAGCACACCCCUCCCCAAAAUCUUGGAAGUGGAGGCAAUGCAGAAUAAUAGCACAGAAGGUGAUAAAGACCCCACUGAAGGGGAAAUGCCACCUGACCCAAACAGCUCAGACUCUGUCUCUUCCAAAGACAGUCUAGACAAGAAGCGAAAGAAAGGCAGGAGAGCACUGGUGGCAUCAGACCGGUGUCUCCGAAGCCAACAAUCCCAGUCAGCUGCCGAGGGCAGUGCUGAGGACUCUGGUUCUUCCAGCUCUGUGCAGCUUCCUUGCCUUCAGAUCAAACUCUCCAAGAGCCCUGGUGCUAAGCGGUUCAAGAGAGAAGUGCAGCUGGAUGAGGCAGCAUCCAUGCACGUCCCAAAUGACUGCUUCCCCGAUAUGCUGCUCAAAACCAGCAAAGGGCCAGGCAUUGGCCAGGCUCCAGAGAGCAUCACUGAGCAGCAGCCAGGCAAGGAGAAUGGUGUCACUACCAGACAAACCUAUAAAAGCAUCUUAGCAAAAGAGACUGCUGCAGAGGGAGAAAAUUCCUUUAAAGAUGACUCCUCUGCUAACAGCAGCCAAAGUCAGCCGGGUGAGAUGCUGGAAAUCAGCAUCCAGGCUGAUUCUGAGAAAAACAUUCUCCUCCCUCCAGAGGCCAGUGUUCCUGCAAAUGAUGCUGAGCGAGAGGAUGUGAAACCAGUCAAUGCCAGUGCAAAGGACAAGGAGAGCUCUGACAGUGCUAGGGAUCUGGGCAAGCCAGUGAACUAUGAGCUGGUGACCAAUUUGCCUGUGUGUCCCAGCAGCAGAGGUGGAAGCAAGCAUCUUCCAGCAAAAACUGCAAAGCAUAAAAAGGUUGCUCUGCAGUUUUAUAACUUACGACAUGCACCCGCACCUGUAGACAGUGCAAAAAAGAACACACCAGGGAAGGAGUCUAUGCAAGCAAUCCCCAAACUGAGGGAUGAACACAGUUCAGGGAAAGAUGACUGCCCAACACUGGAGGACACAGACAUGGCUGACAGCAAACCAAAGUUCAUGGAGUGGUGUGCUGAAGAGGACAACCAGGAGCUCAUUGCUGAGUUCAACACUCAAUACAUGAAAAUCCAGAAGGGCUGGAUUCAGCUGGAGAAGGAGGUCCAGCCAGCCCCGAAGGUAAAGAACAAAGCCGACAAACUGAAAGAGAUUUGGAAAAGCAAGAAAAGAACACGGAAAAGCAGAGGCUCACUGGAAGUACAGAAACUUUCUCCUGUGCAGAUGCUGUUUAUGAAGGCCUUUAAGCUGUCUGACAUAUGCCAGUGGUUUCUGGAGACAACUGAAACCAGGUCUCUAGUGAUUGUGAAGAAACUCAACACCCGUCUCCCAGGGGAGAUUCCCCCCAUGAAAGUCCCCAUGCAGAAAUAUUCUUCCUCUAGUCUCUACCCCAGCUCACUACAAGCUGAACGUUUGAAAAAACAUCUCAAGAAGUUUGCCGCCACUACCCCGGCUCGGAAUAACCUGAAGAACCAAAAGCUUUGGGCCAAAAUUCGUGAGAAUGCUGAUAAAGCAGAGGCUGAAGAAGCCACCACUCCCAACCAGGCAUCUCCCACGGAUGCCAGCACCAAGGAGCUGAGUGAAGACAAAACCAUCCAGCCUGCCCUGAGCUUGCCCACACAGGCCAGCACCAGGAUCCUGCGCAAGUACUCCAACCUUCGGGGCAAGCUGCGAGCCCAGCAGCGCGUGGUGAAGGCAGAGAAGCGGAGCGACGGCCCAGGGGACCAUCCGCCCCCGGAGAGCAAGCAGAGCCGGAAGAGUGUGUGCAUCAACCCCCUGAUGUCUCCAAAGCUGGCCUUGCAGAUCAAAGCUGCUGCCUUUCCUGCUAAAUCCCCCUCAGUGGAUGGAACGGGGAAGGGACGGAAGGGGAAGAGCAGGUCCCAAGAGGACCCCUUGCCCAAAGUCGACCUCCAGCUCAGCAAGAAGAAGAAGAUGCUGAAGGAGAGCGGGAGCACCCAGGAGCGAUCCAGCUCCUCCACCAAGGACAAGCUGCCUGCCAAGAAGGCUAGUAAAAUAAAGCAUUCGGAGGUCAGCGCGAAAUCUCCCGCCACCCGAAAGCAGACCGCCAUGGAGAGGAGCAAUAAACUGGCCAGAAAAAUGUCUUUGAAAGAGAAGAGAGUCCCGAAAAAGCAGCUGGAGAAGAUGCGGCUCCCCAUGCGGAAGGGCAAGGAGAACACGAGCCGACGGGCCGUGCUGCCUCCCAGCCAUGAGGAGCUGUCCAAGCCCCCAAAGCAGAAGCCCCUGGGGGAGUCCUCCACACGGUCACAGAAGAUGGCCAACAAGAAGCACAGCAGUGGGAAGACCCUGACAAGGUCCAUGAAGAAGAUGCAGGAGAACAGUGUGUCUCAGGGUAAGAGGAAGCUGAGGGCAAAAGUGGACUGUUCUCACAGCAAACGCUCACGACUGGACCCGAAAUAG